CGCCCCGGAAGUGGCCGUCAGCUGCUACGCCGCAUCCCCACCCCACCCUCAAUCGGUCCCCUUUCAUCCCUCCCUGAGCAGCUGCGUCGGGCGAACGUCAGUUCAGCGGGAGUGAUCGAGGGGUAAAGAGUUAGACGUGAUAGCGAAGCAGCUCGUGGCAAGACGACGAAGACGACGAAGUGGAGAGGAAUUUGCGUUCCCCGUCGAGGGUCAGGACGAGCAUGAGGUCCGCGUCGGCGCUGCUCCUGGUAGCAGCUUUCGUCCUUGCCGAGGGCUCGAUUCGCGUGAAGCGUCAAGAGGACAAGAAGGAGGAGAGCUUCGAGAACGAGAUCUGCAAGGACAAGGAUGCGGGAGAGUGGUUCAGACUGGUCGCCGGCGAGGGCGACAAUUGCCGCGACGUGAUUCAGUGCACGAGUUCCGGUCUGCAGGCGAUCAGAUGUCCGGCCGGCUUGUACUUUGACAUCGACAAGCAGACUUGCGACUGGAAGGACUCGGUGAACAACUGCAAACUGAAGAACAAAGAGCGGAAGGCCAAGCCCCUGCUCUACACCGAGGAGCCGCUUUGUCAGGAUGGCUUCCUCGCCUGCGGGGACGGGUCUUGCAUCGAGAGAGGUCUCUUCUGUAACGGCGAGAAAGACUGCACCGACGGCUCCGACGAGAACAUUUGCGACAUGGACAACGAUCCCAACAGAGCCCCACCUUGCGACCCGGCCGUGUGCGUUCUUCCCGACUGCUUCUGCUCGGAGGACGGCACCACGAUACCUGGCGAUCUACCGGGCAAAGACGUGCCGCAGAUGGUGACGAUAACCUUCGACGACGCGAUCAACAACAAUAACAUUGGCCUCUACAAGGAGAUCUUCAACGGCAAGCGCAAGAACCCGAACGGUUGCGACAUCAAGGCCACCUUCUUCGUGUCCCACAAAUACACCAACUACUCCGCGGUCCAAGAGAUGCACAGGAAGGGCCACGAGAUCGCCGUCCAUUCUAUCUCGGUAAGGCACAAUGACGACGAGCGCUUCUGGUCGGACGCGACCGUCGACGACUGGGCGAAGGAGAUGGCCGGCAUGAGAAUCAUCGCCGAGAAGUUCGCCAAUCUGACGGACAACAGCGUGGUGGGUGUGAGAGCGCCGUACUUGCGGGUCGGCGGUAACAAUCAGUUCACCAUGAUGGAGGAACAGGCUUUCCUCUACGACUCCACCAUCACCGCGGCCUUGAACAACCCUCCCCUCUGGCCGUACACCAUGUACUUCAGGAUGCCGCACCGUUGCCACGGGAAUCUGCAGCAUUGCCCCACCAGGUCGCACGCUGUUUGGGAAAUGGUGAUGAACGAGCUGGACCGACGCGAGGAUCCUCAGAACGACGAGUACUUGCCGGGAUGCGCGAUGGUGGACUCCUGCAGCAACAUCCUGACCGGCGACCAGUUCUACAACUUCCUCAACCACAACUUCGACCGUCACUACGAGCAGAACCGUGCGCCCCUCGGUCUUUACUUCCACGCCGCCUGGCUGAAGAACAAUCCCGAGUUUUUGGACGCCUUCCUCUACUGGAUCGACGAGAUCCUGCAGAAUCACAGCGACGUCUACUUCGUGACGAUGACUCAGGUGAUCCAGUGGAUCCAGAAUCCGCGCACCAUCACCGAGUCGAAGAACUUCGAGCCGUGGAGGGAGAAGUGCUCGGUGGAGGGUCCGCCUGCCUGCUGGGUGCCUCACACCUGCAAGCUGACCUCGAAGGAGGUACCUGGAGAGACCAUCAAUCUCCAGACUUGCGUGCGCUGUCCCAACAAUUACCCGUGGGUGAACGAUCCGACCGGUGACGGCUUCUUCUAAGUUGCCGAUCCUCCUUCUCGUCUAAGUCAAGUCCCUCCUUCUCCUUCCUUCUCGACCCUCCCGAUCCUCUCCUUCAUCAGACCUCGGCCGGACCUAAAUGACGUCGGUCGAAGGCGCGUCGCGAGUUUUCCAACACAUCGCCGGAUUUCGUCGACCGACGCAUCAGCCGAGUACCCUCGAGGCCUUCGAGAGCAACGGAGAUUACGGCGACGAGGCACACGGGAGAAGAGAGGGGCAAGGUCGUCGUUGGUCCGUUAGACUCCGGUGACCGCACUAGUUGUCAAUAUUUCUCCUGUUUUAUUGUUGAGAGCGACGUAUCUGUGAUGAUUAGUUUCGUUUGUUCGGUUAGCAGACCGCAGAGUCUAAUGGGCUAAGGUCGAACGGUAGCGAAGCCUUCUAUCCGCUUCGCGCAUGUUUCCCCUGCACAGACGUCUUCCUCUUCGCCCAGAGUCAAAAAGAAGUAGCAAAAUUCGGACAGCCACCGGGUUGUUCCUGAGUACUCACGGAAAUCGCGACUUUUCUCCGCGCGUGUCUCGUCGUCGACUCGUCCGUUAGUUCAAAGUUCACGUUCAUCAGAUACCCGAUAAUCUGUGAUAGACACCCGAGUCCUCGAGGCGGCCGCGUUGGUCGACGGCGACGACAACGACGACGAUGACGAUGACGACGAGAGCCGCGCAUUCCACUCGAAUCGGCAAAUGCGAAGCAAAAUGUCGCGCCCCACCCGAACCCAGGAGGAGAAAUCGCGGAUCCCCUGAUGGCGGCCGGCGAUCCGCGAGUGUGGGAUUCCACGUGUAAUAUAUAACCGUGUCUCCCUCGCUCUUGCAUCUCCCAUUCCCCGUCCACGCGCGAAUCGGCGAGUGCGCCCUCCUCCCGUCCCGAUCCACCAAGACCGCCAAAUCAAUUGUUCCCCGAUUCGAGGUGCGCCCUUAUUUUUUUUAAGGGUCCGCCGACUCUAUAUAAAUAUAUAAAUUUAUAUAUAUAUAUAUAAAUGAAAAUGAAAUAUUGUAUAUGUAUAUUUGUAAAAGUAAGCGAUAUUGCCGAUGAUAGCGUGUUCGACGAACCUUUGAAUAAAAGAUUCAGAGAAA